AUGGCAGACCAAGGGGAGCUCCCGAGUAGUGCUACAGCUUCCGCGCCCUCGGGCAGCCCUGCAAGCCCUACAGAUGCCAUCCCGCGCCAUAUCCUCGACCGGCUCGACCCGGAGUUUAUACAGUUCUUUAUCGAUGUGCAGAGCAAGGUGCCCCCCGCCCAGGACAUGACCAUCGAGCUGGUGCGCGCCAGCCCCGAGAAGUUUCGGGCCCCCUGCGCUCUCGACACGUCCGGCUACGAGCGCGUCAAGGACUACGAGGUCGCCUCCAAGGACGGCGCCAGGUUCCCCGUGCGGGUGUACUCGCCGGACCCGGCACGGUUUGGGGAGGGGCCUUAUCCGGUGCACUUGAACUUUCAUGUCGAAUUGCCGGCAGGCGGAGGCUUCGUCCUGGGUGACUUGAUGUCUGAGGCGUCGCUGUGUUUGAGCAUGCGGGAUGGGGCCGGAGUUGUCAUUGUCGAUGUCAACUAUCGCCAUUGUCCAGAAACCGUCUGGGGUAAAUGUUUCGAGGACGCAUUCGCCGCCUUGAACUGGGUCCACACAUCGCCUUCACUCCUCAACAUCGACCCUCAGUCCAUCUCCAUAGGCGGCAUCUCCGCAGGCGGACACAUCACCGUCGUCCUCCAGCACAUGGCCCGCGACGCGGGUAUCCCCUUGCGCCUGGCCAUGCCCUCCGUGGCGCCCUCCUCCGACGCCCUGACCUACAAGGACUACACCGACUCGCCUUACCGCUCCUUCGUCGAGUUCUACAACGGGCCCGUCCUGCCCUGGGCGCGCAUCCACUGGUUCGGCCUCCAGUGCUUCCCGCCCGACAGGACCGACGAGAUCAGGGCGCUGUGGCCCGAGUGGUGGGUCGAGCCCAUCAAGGCCGCCAACCUGGCGGGCCUGUGCGAGACCUUUAUGCGCACGGGGGAGAUGGAUCCCCUCCGGGACGAAGGGGAGGCGUACGCGGAGAAGCUGAAGGAGGGCGGGGUCAGGGUCCGGGUCAAGAGGUACCCCGGGAGCGUGCACACGUUCAUGUACGUCGACAGCCUGGGGAGGAAGAAGGAGUAUGAUCGGGAUAGUGUUGAGGCCCUGAGGGCUGCGCAUGGGGUCGUGGCUUAA